UGUUUGAAACUCCUCUACCACUUUGGGGCUGCCAGCAGAGUCCUGUGCAUAGAAAUACUGUUUCUCUGCUGCUCUUUCAGACGGUGAGAAAGAGCCCUUCACUUGGAAUCCUCCCCACGAUGCUGUUGCUGCUGCUUCUGCAGGUCUUGGCGAGCUGCCUCUGGCUGGGACGCAGUGAGGUGGUGACAUCCUUUCAAAGUUGUCCUCAGUUUUUCUUCCAAGGAACACCCCCAAACGAUGCCCUGAAGCCAAACAACCCAGCCUGGAUCUGCCAGCGCUACAACAACCAGUAUCACUUUGCCACCCUGUACAACAGAGACCUGCGUAUUCCCGCAUAUUCCGCUUACCUCUACCAGCCUGAAGAUGUAACAAAACCUGGCAACAUCUGGAUGGUUGAGCCCCAGUUGAUUGGUCCAGAUUAUCCCAAGGAUAUGGAAAAAGAGUCUACACUCAUGAGUCACUCAAAUGUUACCUUAGAACAAAUCAAGAACAGCCAGGCUAGCCACCAGGACUACAAGAACCUGACAGGUUUGGACCGCGGCCAUUUGAGCCCCAGCUACCAUCAACCCACCUUCGAUGGGAAGAAAGCUACCUUCACCCUCACCAACAUAGUCCCGCAGAAUGCAAAACUCAACGGCGGUGCCUGGUUACAGUACGAGGUGCAAAUGAUGAUCAAUAAGACCGAGGACUGUACCACCACCUACGUUGUUGUGGGUGCUGUGCCUGGGAACAGCUAUAUCUCUAGUGACAGGGUUAAUGUACCCAGCUACAUCUGGUCUGGUGCUUGCUGUGAGAUGGGCAAAAACCAGAUGAAGGCUUGGGCGGUCAUUGCGGAGAAUGACAAGAAUGCAGUCCAGCCCCUCACACUGGGGCAGCUGGAGGACAGGUUAACUGGGCUCUAUAAAAAGGGCCAGGUGUCUCUGUUUCACAGCGACUGUCCCCGCCAAUAA